AUGGCGGCGGCAGACAGCUCAACAUUAUCUGCUCCUGCACCACGGAGCCCCUUUGAACCGAGUUUACAUCAUCUGCCCUGCCAGAGGGCUUCAAGCAAAAGAAUACCACAUAAAUAUUCACCGCGAUCUGGGAGAGUGAGAAACCCCCAGCCCGCAAUGGUUACCCCUAGGUGGGGCCAAGUGCAGAAGGCGCGAAAUGAAAUUGUGCUGCAGCGUGUAACAGCCAAACGGACCUACACGACUACAAGCGCUGUACCCCCAAGACCACCAAGCCUGACAUGGGGAGACUUACCACACACGGAUGAGCACCUGCGAAGCUGA